AUGAUGCGUGGUUUCAAACAAAAAUUGAUAAAAAAGACAACAGGUUCCUCCUCGUCGUCUUCUUCUUCAUCUACUUCUUCAUCUUCCAAUAGUAAUAGUAAGAAAAAGGAUAAAUCAAAUCCUUUAACUUCUUCUAUUACAUCGCAGAAAAAAGCUAGCUCAACUAUAAAAUCUUCCAAGAGUUCCUCUUCUUCAAGUUCAUCAAUUUCAUCUUCUUCAAGUUCUUCUAAACACCAAUCUCGUCAUCAUAGUUCUGGUUCAAAUGGCGUAUCUACAAAUUCUACAUCGAAAUCAACUUCAAAAACAAAACAUUUAUCUAAUACCGCCACUGCAUCUACAUCUAUAUCUGUAUCUGCUAAUGUUACUGGACCUGCAAGAACAAACUCUCCUGCGAAGCAACAAAAAAAAUCUGGUUCCGAUCAAAAUAAAGUGGGUACAUCGACAGAAAGUUUGACUAUGAAUAUAUCCUCCACUCCAGUAGCACCAACUGUCACAAUAACAAAUGAUACAAUAGCUGAUUCUACAAAUGACACUAUCGCAAACAAUAAUGCCACUGGUACUAAUGAUCUCAUAAACACACCUUCAAAUGUACAACUAAAAUCAAUGGCACAAACUACACCACAUCCAUCUCUAUUAGGUGCUACUGCACAAGUGUCGCCAAAUUCACCACAAUCACCGAAUUCUUCUUCUGGUUUCUUAUCACCACAACAGCAACAACAACAACAUUCUCCUAAUUCUCCUGGAGUAGAUAUUCCAAGGGUACCACAUCCAUUCGAAAGAUUUCCAACACCAACAAAGCUAAAUGCAGAUGUUGAUAUCGAUGGAAUAUUAAGGACUCCACAACGCCAUUCUUCAUCUAGAUUUGAACCUUCUAGGUACACUCAGAUUACAAAAUUACCAAGCUUUGAUGAAGUUUCUCCUGAAGAAAAAAUACCAUUAUUUAUUGCAAAGGUAGAUCAAUGUAAUAUCAUGUUUGAUUUUAAUGAUCCAAGUUUUGAUAUCCAAGGAAAAGAAAUUAAAAGAUAUACUUUACAAGAGUUAAUUGAAUUUAUUGUUACAAAUAGACUCACAUACACAAGUGAAAUGUAUUUACAUAUGAUUAAUAUGUUUAAGAUUAAUUUAUUUAGACCCAUUCCACCCCCAGUAAAUCCUGUUGGAGAUAUUUAUGAUCCGGAUGAAGAUGAACCUGUUAAUGAAUUGGCAUGGCCUCAUAUGCAACUGGUUUAUGAAGUAUUUUUAAGAUUUGUAGAGUCCCCAGAUUUCAAUCAUCAAAUUGCUAAACAAUAUAUUGAUCAAAAUUUUAUUUUGAAAUUAUUGGAAUUGUUUGAUAGUGAAGAUAUUCGUGAAAGAGAUUGCUUAAAGACUACAUUACAUAGAAUCUAUGGUAAGUUUUUAAGUUUGAGAAGUUUUAUCCGUCGUUCAAUUAAUAACAUUUUUUUACAAUUCAUAUAUGAAACCGAAAGAUUUAAUGGUGUUGCAGAAUUAUUAGAAAUUCUAGGUUCUAUUAUUAAUGGAUUUGCCUUACCAUUAAAAGAAGAACAUAAAAUUUUCCUUGUAAGGGUUCUUAUCCCAUUGCAUAAGGUUAGAUGUUUAUCUCUUUAUCAUCCACAAUUAGCAUACUGUAUAGUACAGUUUUUAGAAAAAGAACCAUUGCUAACUGAGGAGGUAGUUAUGGGUUUGUUGCGUUAUUGGCCUAAAAUAAAUUCAACAAAAGAAAUUAUGUUUUUAAAUGAAAUUGAAGAUAUUUUUGAGGUGAUUGAGCCUUUAGAAUUUAUAAAAGUAGAAGUCCCAUUAUUUGUUCAAUUAGCCAAAUGUAUAUCUUCAUCACAUUUUCAGGUUUCUGAAAAAGUUUUAAGUUAUUGGAAUAAUGAAUACUUCUUAAAUCUCUGUAUUGAAAAUGCCGAAGUCAUAUUACCAAUUAUUUUCCCUCCAUUGUAUGAACUAACAUCACAGUUGGAAUUAGAUUCAUCAAACUCUUUCUUGAAUAGUAAUGGUGAUCCAAUUGUAUUGUCAGAUCCAUAUAUGUUAGUUGAGCAAGCUAUAAAUUCCGGUUCAUGGAAUAAGGCCAUCCAUGCAAUGGCAUUUAAAGCUUUAAAAAUAUUUUUAGAGACUAAUCCUGCCUUAUAUGAGAAUUGUAAUGCCUUAUAUUUAUCUAGUAGGAAGGAGACGGAACAAAGAAGAAUACAAAGGAAUGAAAAUUGGAAAAACUUAGAAAAUUAUGUGAAAGCUUUAAAAAUAACUGAAUCGACAAAGAAUGAUAAAAUUGCUACAAACAAUCUACAGUAUAAUAGUAAUUGUGAUGGUUUAGAUGAAGUAGGUGUAAAUAAAGACUCUGAUAGAAUGGACUAUCCAAUAAGCUCGAAUAAGGAAGAUUUAAUGAAUGGUAAUGAUCGUGAGCAUCUACCGAAUUCAGUUAAUGAUGAUAAUGAUAUAAACUCACAUUCUGAGAAGGCUAUCUCAAUAGAAGAAACUAAUUAG